CAGCCACAGCUGUUUGCUUCCUUUAUGGUUCCCAUUCAGAGCUUAAAAGCUGAACGUUGCAUUUGGAACUAAUGAUAAGACUUGCACCUAAAGUGUGCAACAGGAGGAAACAAGACACUUCAUCCACAAUGGGAUUCUGAGUAAAUUGGUGACCUUUUGUUCUUAAAUUGUCCUGAUAACUGGGACAGCUCUGAAACUGAUUGCCCACAGCUCUGAAUCUCUACUCCUCUCUGGGUCUGAAAAAACACAGAAGAUACACUGCACUUACUCAACAGCUUCAGUCAGCUGGACGCCAUCCUAGGAACUCUUACUGCAGAAUUAAUUGCGUAGAGAGGAGAGGGCAAGAGUAUAGAUGCAAAAAGAUGGUUUUGUCAGAAAUCUGGAAUAGUACCUCUCUGUCCUGACUCAUGACCAACAGGCUCUCCAAGAACUGCGAUAAUACAAGGUUUUCUGACUUAUCUAAGUUUAUCCAACUUAAAGGAAGUUUAUUCUUCUGCUAGAAGAUAAUUUUCAUUAUAUUCAAACUUCCGGAACAAAGACCCAGGUAUCUUUGAAGGGACUGAGAGAAUCAGAAAGCACUCAGAAUUAUAAGAAUGGAAAAGGCUGUCCUCAUCAACCAGACUUCAGUGAUGUCAUUUCGGCUCACAGGUUUAUCUGCAAAUCCAAAAGUACAGAUGGCUGUGUUUUUCAUAUUCCUUAUUUUCUAUGUCCUGACACUGGCUGGUAACAUCCUCAUCGUCAUAACAAUCAUAUACGACCACCGGCUCCAUACUCCCAUGUAUUUCUUCCUCAGCAAUCUGUCCUUUAUUGAUGUCUGCCACUCCACUGUCACUGUCCCAAAGAUGCUGAGCGACACCUUGUCAGAAGAAAAGCUCAUCUCCUUUGAUGCCUGUGUGGUCCAGAUAUUUUUCCUGCACCUCUUUGCCUGCACAGAGAUCUUCCUGCUUACUGUCAUGGCCUAUGAUCGCUAUGUGGCCAUUUGUAAACCUUUGAGGUAUAUGACAAUAAUGAACUGGAAGGUGUGUAUGGUGCUGGGAGGGGCCAUGUGGACAGCAGGGACCAUCCACUCCAUAUCUUUCACCUCACUCACCAUCAAGCUGCCCUACUGUGGUCCUGAUGAGAUUGACAACUUCUUCUGUGAUGUACCUCAGGUGAUUGAACUGGCUUGCACUGACACGCGUAUCACUGAGAUUCUCAUCGUCUCCAACAGUGGGAUGAUCUCUAUGGUAUGUUUUGUGAUAAUUGUAGUAUCCUAUGCCGUCAUCCUUGUGAGUCUGAGGCAACAGAUCUCUGAUGGCAAGAGGAAAGCCCUGUCCACCUGUGCAGCCCAUCUCACUGUGGUCACUCUGUUCCUGGGGCACUGUAUCUUCAUCUACUCACGUCCAGCCAUCAGCCUUCCCGAGGACAAGAUUGUAUCUGCAUUUUUCACUGCUGUCACCCCUCUGCUGAACCCCAUAAUCUAUACCUUUAGGAAUGAGGACAUGAAGAGUGCCUUGAACAAAUUAAUCAGGAGGAAAGAGAGGAAAGAAAAGUAAAAAUGAUAAGUGCUCAGGAUUCUUGGUAAUCCAAAUCAAAGAAGCAACUAUAUAUUGUAUUUAACAGAUGAUGACAACAUUU